CUUCAUACCACCUUGACAUUUUCUCUCUUUCCUCUCCUCCAUUUCCUUCAAAGAAUCACCAAACACCCUUCCACCAUUCCACAAUCUCUCAACUUUCUGUAGGUUUUGCUUCCUUUCCUGCAUCUGUUUUCAUCUUCUUUGGGAGGGAAUAGGGUUUAUAGUUCAACAGGAACUCAAUUUGCUUUUUCUGAUGCUCUACAAGAUUCUUUUGAUCCCAUAAAGGUAUGGAGACAUUGAUGCUGCCAAAUUCAAGCUGGUUGAUGCAACCAGGCAGGAGAACAAGAUGGACCAAAGAAGAAAACAAGAUGUUUGAGAGUGCCCUUGCAAUGAUUGAUGAGAGAACUCCAGACAGAUGGGUGAGAGUUGCUCAUAUGGUGCCUGGGAAGUCAGUGUCUGAUGUGAUCAACCGGUUCCAGGAACUGGCUGCAGAUGUUAGCAAUAUCGAGGCUGGACUGGUCCCGGUCCCCGGCUACUUAGCCUCCUCUUUCCCGGUGGAAUUGGUCGAUGAUCAUCGCGGGUUUGCAGGCUUCAGGAAGAGAGGGAGAGGCUGUGAUCAAGAAAGGAAGAAAGGUGUGCCAUGGACAGAGGAAGAACACAGGCGAUUCUUGAUGGGUCUUGACAAGUAUGGAAAGGGGGACUGGAGGAACAUCUCGCGAAACUACGUGAUCUCCAAGACGCCUACUCAAGUUGCAAGCCAUGCUCAGAAGUACUUCCUGAGGCAGCUUUCAGGCAGCAAAGAUAAGAGGAGGCCAAGCAUUCAUGACAUCACAACAUUCAAUCUCGCGGAUCCCAACAAUCCUUCCGAGGCUAAAAAGUCCGUUUCGGAUGAGAAGAGUAUUCGUGGAACUCUGGUGCCAAAGACAAUUGCAGGCACACCCGAACUGGAAAGCUGGAAUUUCCCAGAUGAUGGAGUGGCUUCCAUGUUUCGUGCACCUGCUGAUAGUUCUUUCGUGGCGUAUCCAUCACUGCAGGUCGGAUAUGCCAAGUUUGGACUCGAGAUCAACCCGACGAGGUACCAAACUCUAAGGGGGUGAAGCACCACCAGCUAGCGUUUAGCGUGAUCAUUGGAUUCGAAUGCUGAUCUGAUCCAGUUUUCUGUUGAAUUGCCUGUUGUGAAGCUAAUGUUCUUGCACAGUAGAACUGGUUCAGCUGAGUUCCUCUGUCAUGCUUUGAUGGCUUGUAAAUGGAAAUAGUCUCUAUGUUUAGUGAAACCAUUUGAUCUCAAAGGAUUGCCAAUAAAGUCACCUUCAAUUUCAUUACUCA